AUAAUGCAAAAACCUUUAAGUUUAUUUAGUUUUAGUAAAUCAAAACACCAUGGGACAAUUCUUUGUGCAGUUUUGAGACAGCCUUAUUCAGGCCACAAGCCAGCAACAACAGAAUCUAAGAAACCUGUGGAUCCAAGAAGGAUAUUUAAAGUGUACAGAUUUGGUGGUGUUUCCAGUAAUGAAAAGCCCCAAGUAAUGAACUAUGAUCUAGACGUGAGUACUUGCGGCAGAAUGGUCUUAGAUGCUUUAAUAAAACUUAAGGACAUGGACCCAACACUCGUAUUUCGACGUUCCUGCCGGGAAGGCAUAUGUGGUUCAUGUGCUGUAAAUCUUCAAGGACACAACUGUCUCGCUUGUAUUACAGCCAUCCCUCAGGACAAAACAAUUAACAUAUAUCCAAUACCACAUAUGUACGUAAUCAGAGACCUAGUUGUUGAUAUGACACAUUUCUUUGAUGUUUAUAAUAGCCUCCGUCCAUAUCUAAUUCGGCGAGAUUCGGGAUCUUUGGGUAAAUUCCAGUACGCCCAAAGCAUUAGUGAUAAUGCAAAAUUAGUGGGUCUUUAUGAAUGUGUUUUAUGCUCCUGUUGUUCUACUGCAUGCCCUAGCUAUUGGUGGAAUGGUCGAAGAUUUUAUGGACCCGCCAGUUUGCUUCACGCUUACCGUUGGAUAAUAGACUCUCGAGAUGAGGAUACUGAACAAAGAUUGUUCGAAUUGAGGGAUGACUUUAAGGCAUUUCGAUGCCACACUAUAAUCAACUGUACCCUUGCGUGUCCAAAAGGAUUACAUCCGGCUCUUAUUAUAGCGAAACUAAAGAGGUUGAUUUCUGGCUUAGACAAAAAAGAACCACCGGAAAUAGACACUAUGAAGUUUUCAUCCAGCGGACCAUCAUGUGGUUGCUAACAUUAUUGAUAUUGAUGACGUCAGUUGAUUUCUUGAUUUUUUUUAUGGAACUAUUGUUUAACUAUAUACCCUUUCAAUGUCACGUCAC